ACAUUUGAACGUUUGUCAUUUGUGUUUUUGUAAUUUCAAUUUUGCAAUAUUCUAUCGUAGUUAAGUACUAGUAUUUUUAAUAUCUUCAUUGUUUUCCAUAAAUCUGAAAAAUCCUGUCUGCUAAUUAAUCAUAUUGAAGGAAAACAUGACUUUCCAAUCGCCAAUGCCCAGUCGAGAAUUUUUAUGGGAUAUAUUCCGGAGAGUAGACAAAGACAGAAGUGGCUACAUAUCUGCCGAUGAGCUGCAGCUUGCACUGUCUAAUGGAACGUGGAAUCCAUUUAAUCCUGAAACUGUUAGACUAAUGAUUGGUAUGUUCGACAAGCAAAACAGAGGUGUCAUAUCAUUUGAAGACUUCGGGGCACUUUGGAAAUAUGUGAGCGACUGGCAAAAUUGUUUCCGAUCGUUCGAUCGCGACAACUCCGGAAACAUAGAUAAAGUGGAACUAAAGGCUGCUCUAACCGCCUUCGGGUACAGAUUGUCCGAUGAGGUAGUUAGCAUGAUGGUGCAAAAGUUUGACAGAUUCGGCCGGGGAACCAUUCUCUUUGAUGACUUCAUCCAAUGCUGUAUCACUUUACACACUUUAACGUUCUCAUUCCGUCAGUAUGACACCGACCAGGAUGGCGUUAUAACGAUACACUACGAGCAAUUCCUCAAAAUGGUGUUUGGAUUGAAGUGUUGGCCGUAACCAUCGGUCUGCAGGCAUCGUAAAGGUUUGCCCUCAAGACCAUUUCACGAUAAAAAUAUUUCAAACUCAAGUUUUCUACCCAAGGGUCGUAAUUUUUCGUACAUCUCGCGUCGAUGGUUUUUAAGUAUCGAAGCACAAUAAUGUAUGGCUGCCCGAACACAGACAAUAUUUUAACCAUUACUUUAACUUUUCAAUUCGCCUCGCACACAACAGGCAAUCUAUUUAUCAAUUUGCAGAAUUUUGACAAUAAUAUUGUCGGCAGUGGCGUGCAAUGGAUUUCUUACCAGGGUAUGCAUAAAGCAGGAAAAUUGCAUAAAAUGGCAAAAAUCCUCUAAAGAAAAUCAUUUUUUGGGUAGGCAGUGCAUUUGUGCAUAUAUGAAGUGCAACCAAAAAUGAGUAAAGCGUUAGUCAAACUAACGCGUCUGUCUGCUUGCGUCUUGCAUGCAUACCACCGUAAGCCACAUCUAUUCAAACUUUGUGAUUGGUCCGACGCAGUACGUAAAUCGGCGAUUGACGUAAUGUGUGAUCGAUAUCGACAUCGCCAUGCGCCUGUAGAUACCAGAAAUCGGACACUAAAAUAAUGAAUCAUAGAAUCGUUUCCUCGUCUCGAUGUACUAUAACGUACAAGUAAUGGAUUUACAUUCUUCGCCUUCUGUUGAGGUCUAAACGAACGUCAAUUUUUAAUCGAGUGUAAAUAGAUCUAUUGUACUUUACAUCAAUGUGGUGCGAUACUCAAAAAGGUCUACCAUUACAAACGUAUAAAUCUCAUACAAAGAGUACUGAAUCUUCAACGAGAUGACGUCAUCAGCAUGCAUUUAAUUGUUAAAAAAUAUUUCCUUCUCUAGUUCUUCUCAUGUUCUCAUUUUAGUUUAUAACGUUAUUUACAUUGGGUUAGCGAGCUCAGUAUAUCUACCUCUAUCUACUAAUAUUAUACUUUGUUUGUAUGUUUAAUUUAAAUUAAUUAAUACAAUGGCUACGGAGAAAUAAGACAAGAGACCACGAGAAAUAUUACACAUAUAUAAAAUAUUAGUUUUUUUUAAGAGGUUUAUACCAUCAAAACACUGUUUGGUUUCUGCUAGUUUUGUUUGUCGUAUAAUCUUAUAAAAAUAUCAUUCUCUUUAAUGAUUAUAUGAAUCUUUAAAUACGUUGGAAACUAAAACUGAAAACAUGGUCCUAUUUUCCUACAGAUAACAUGACAUAGAAAUAACCUUCAUACACCAGGCGUUAGAUAACACAGAGUUAAGAACGUACAGAAACCGUGUACACGACUACGAUACGGAAGCAUCCAAAACCACUCCACUUUAGUAGUGUUACUUGAACCGGCGAUUUGUCACUUCAUUCCAUUAACAGUUGUCAAACGCGCUUAAUUCAACACUAUGACUGAUAAGAAAAAAUAAUUGAGUUAUCUGACGCAGAAUUAAGAACAUACAGAACCCUCAUUCAGCCAUUAUUGCAGGUGUCCAUAAACAGCGAAAACACGGUUUCUGUACGUUCUUAACUCAGUGUCAGAUAACACAAUUCUUUUUUCUUAUCAGUCAUAGUGUAAAAUUAAGCGCGUUUGAGCAUUCAAACUUAAACAAUUAAAUAAAAGAUACGAUAUGCUAAACGUUAAGAAAGAAUAUGCCAACUAAACCCAAUGUAAAUAUGAAUUCAUAAAACAUAGUUGUAACUUAAGUAUAAUUUUAUCAUGGUUGCAAGCGUGUAUCACUUUGCGGAAGUCUAUGCUUAAUUUGUCAUAAUUUCAUAAUUUUUAUUAGUGUUUUGGAGGAAUUAUUAAUUUUAUAAAU